GUCAGCUCCUGCUGCCGUGAGGGAGGCAGCUAUUAUAGAAGCGCCGACUAGCGGCGGGCCUUACUGGGUAUCGAGGCCGAUAUAUAAACGCUAGCGACGCCAUGCCAUCCUCGAAAACAGUACACGGAUCAACAAGUCCCAACCCGAGCACAAGCACACGUAGAUUGCGCUCUUGAACUGGCCACCAGCAGGCAGAAGUCGAAGUCUAAAAAAAAUGAGGCUUAACGCAAAGCUCCUCCUCCUCCAGGCCAUACUCGGCUCCGCCUCGGCACAGAGGACCACCGCCAGCACCACCGAGUCGGUAAAGGGGGCCACCACCAGCGUCUGGUUCGUCCCGGCGGGCCCCUUGACCAGCCUGCCGCCGAUGAUGACGGCGACGGUGCGGGGCCACAGCAUCGCCACGACCUACUACAUGACCCAGCCCGGCCAGGUGCCGUUCAACCAGAGGGGCUAUCUGCGGGACUGGUGGGACGAUGUCAGGGUCAUAGACAUGCUGGCGAACGAUACCCCGACCAACCAGAGGAUCGCGUACGAGAUCGGCUACGCCGGCGCCUCGAGCCACAACGGCGAGCUGAUGGCCACCCAGCAGUUCGGCAUGAAGGCGACGUGCUUCCUCGACACGGCGCGGUCGUCGGCGACGUGCACCGGGGCCUGGUCCUCGACGCACAGCUCCAAGGACGACUCCAUAACGACGACUGCGACGACCUCGGGGACGUUUACGCCGGGGAGCAUAAGGGCCACGCAGGUUCCUGUCGUUAUCGUGGAAGGGACUAUUCCCCAGGGGCCUAUCAGCACGCGACCGACAGCAGGCGCCGGCCUGCCGCGUGCUACGCAAAAUGCCGCACUGGCAGGGGGUGCCGCUGUCCUGGCUGGAGGGGCUCUGCUGCUGGCCUGAGAGGACAAGACGAGAGCAGCGAGAGAGUGGGGGUGUGUCCAUCAGUCGAUACCCAAAGACAAUCACGGCGGCUAUGAUGGGCUGGUGAGCGUCAUACCUACCUGGUAAUGUACUAGGGCCUAUACGCUCGACGAUGUUUCGCUCCCCAGAGCAUCAAGUCCGAGACCCCGGAUGCCUCAUAAUGUUAGUGGUAGUAGCGUUGUCAGGGUGUUUACAGUAAUACAGUAUUUUGCGAGUGUGGCAAUAGGCAAGAGGACACUUUAUUUUCAUUUUUCGUUCCAUCAUCUCGCGUGCCCUGUGGCCCUUCUGACGAAACCACUGUGCGCGGAUACCUAUCCUGCAACAGAAAGGAUUUGACUGCCC